AAAUUCGAUUCAAUGACCGAGAAAUUACUAGUCUGUUACUCUAACAACUAAGCUAAUGAGAAAAGCAUUAAAGGACUAGUAGUGGUUCUCUGAGCCAAAUCACACUCUCAAAUAGUCGAAAAACUAACAAAAUCUUUUGUUCGUUUAUCGGAUUUUUAUUAAUUUAGGAGUAUAUGGAUUAUGCAGAAUCACGUCGUGAUCAAGAUAUGGAAGAAUUAGCCAGUAAAGUGAGCACAAUGGCUACUAGUUGUUUGGGUAAACUUGAAGAAGCUCUGUUCGAUACAAACACUGGGCAUAGAAUGGAAAUGUAUCCUAUUUACAAACGAUUUGAAUCAACAAUAUUAACGAAACUCCUUGAAGUUGUACUUAAAAAUAUGCAAUCAUUUGUCAAUGCACUGGGUGGAAAACAACCCUUAUUUUAUAUUGAUGUCUUACUGGUCAAUUCUGAUGUUGUACUUUAUCCAGUUAAUGCUGAUCUCUAUAAAUGGAUGACACAGACACUACGCGGAUGUAUUGAAAGUUGUCGAUUCUUUUUACGAUGGAAACACGGUACAUGUGAACCAUGUCCGCCUAUACGCUCCGAAGGGGAUGAAGUGAUCACAUUUAGUUAUGUACAAGAACUAGAAAGGUGUCCUGAAUUAUUGGAACCUGAUGUCGCCUUUACUCAACGUGCAAAACAUCUAAAUCAUGAUGUUGUAGAAUUUUUAAAACGUUUAGCACGUUAUUCACUUUUAUGGCAUCAGGAUAAGCAAAAUAUUGUUGAUAAAUGGAUUAUUAGUAAAACGCCAACAAUAAAAGAUUUUGAGAAUCGUUUGAGUCAGUUAACAUCUCGUUGGCAGGCAUUAGAGCAUUCACUUGGACCGAAAAAGUUAGUUUAUAUCGGUGCUGUUGCUUUACGACUUCAUUCAUUUUUUAACAAUGUCACCUCAAAUGUACGUGAUUGGAUAAGAAUUUAUCUACGUUAUUUAUAUGAAUCAGCUGAAAAUUAUUAUAAGACAGCAAUAAAAACAUUACUUGAGAAAAGAGCUGUACUACGCAAACGUCCAACUACACUAACUGAAAUGAAAGCUUUACUAACAGUUAUUACAGAAGUACACGGUGGAGCAUGCGAGUAUAUUGAUGAUCUUGAACAAAAAGUAUCUGAACGCUUAAGAAUUAUUCGUCUAUUUGCAGAUGAGGAAUUCAUUGCAGGAAUCCCUGAAAAAAUGUGGAACAGUGCCUACCUGCUACGUAGACGUUGGAAUGCUAUCCUAAAAUUCACCGAGGAUGUAGUACAAAAUAUGUCACCCCUUAAAGCACAUUUUUCACUUGGUAUUGUACAUGAUGUGAAAGCUUUUCGUAAAAAGGUUAAAGCAUUUGUUGAAAGCUAUAAAUCCUCUGGGCCAGGUAAUGAAUCAGAAGAUUUAGAUCGGGGUUAUGCAAGUUUAACCAAGUUUAUUACAGAAUGUGAAAAACUGGAUGCAGAACGUUUAGAUUUAUUAAGCAGUGAACGUCUAUUAUAUCUGCCAAUAUCAACCUAUCCUGAACUGAAAGAAAUGCAGUCAGAACUACAGAAGCUGAAGCCAAUUUACGAGUUGUAUUUAGAUCAAAAAAAUGCACGCCAAGAUUGGGCAUGUAUUCUAUGGAAAGAUAUAAAGAUAGAAGAAUUAAUGACUAGUACCAGGGAAUUUAUUGAAAGAUUUAAACGUCAGCCAAAAAGAAUGCGUGCAUUACCAGCAGCUCGUAUGAUUAGUAAUUCACUGAAAAAUUUUCAAGAAUCACUUGUUUUAAUACAAUAUUUAAAGGAUGAUGCUAUGCGUGAUAGACAUUGGAAACAAUUAAUGGAGAAGACAGGAAUCAGUUUUGAUAUGGAUCCACAAACGUUUACAUUGGAAGGUGUAUUUGCAAUGCAGCUACAUGAGUAUUCUGAGGUUAUAUCAAAUGUUGUCAGUAACGCCCAACGAGAAGUAGCGAUUGAAAAAGGUUUAGAUGAUAUAAAAAAUAUUUGGUUAGAAAUGAAAUUCACACUUACCUCCUACACAAAGUGUAAUCGGGAACCGUGUUAUAUACUCGGUUCACUAGAAGAACCUAUCCAGUUUAUGGAAGAUCAUAUGAUGAGUUUACAAUCGAUUGGCUCAAGUCGACAUGCUAUACCAUUUGUUACUAUUAUUAGACAAUGGGAAAAAGACUUAUCCAUAAUUAGUGAUACACUUGAAAUGUGGAUUGUUGUGCAACAGAAAUGGAUGUACUUGGAGGCAAUAUUUAUGGGUGGUGAUGUAGCUAAACAACUACCACAAGAAGCUAAACGUUUCGAGACAAUCGAUAAAUUAUUUCGUAAAAUUAUGCGUCAAACUAAAGAAUCCCAGUUUGUGCUAAAAAGUUGUCUAAUUGAACAUAAACUUGACCCAUUGAAAUCAUUGAGUCGUGAUUUAGAAUUAUGUCAAAAAGCAUUAAACGAUUAUUUGGAUUCAAAAAGGAAUGCUUUCCCAAGAUUUUAUUUUAUAUCAGAUGAUGAAGUAUUAGGCAUACUUGGUGGAAAAGAACCUGAAGUAAUCCAAGAGCAUAUUGUUAAAAUGUUUGAUAAUAUUGGAAAAAUUCAAUUUACGCAUUCUUCGUAUUCAUCAGAUAUAUCCGCCUCUGCGUUAAUAUCAUUUGAAGGCGAAAUUAUGUCAUUUAUUAAGCCUGUAUUUGUAACUGGUAAAGUUGAAGAAUGGUUAACAAUGAUGGAAGCUGAAAUGCGAAGUACAAAUCGUUUAUUAACUAAAAAGGCUAUCUUUUAUUAUUGUGAUCAAAAGUCACGUGUUGAUUGGAUGUUUGAUUUUCAGGGUAUGAUUGUACUAGCUGCAUCACAAGUAUGGUUUUCAUGGGAAAUUGAAGAUGUUUUUCGUAGUUUUAAACAAGGCAAUCGUACAGCAAUGAAAGAUUUCAAUAAAAAACUUGAAUCACAAUUAAAUGAAAUGAUUUAUAAAAUCCGUGGUGAUUUGACAGCAAAUGAUAUGAAAAAACUUGAAACUGUACUCAUUAUUGAUGUACAUGCUAAAGAUAUGGUUGAAAAAUUUAUUCGUGAUAGUAUAAUGGUACCAGAUGAUUUUGCAUGGGAAUCACAAUUACGCUUUUAUUGGGUACGUAAAAGAGAUGAAUUAGUUGUACGUCAGUGUUCAGCUGAAUUUGAUUACGGAUAUGAAUACUUUGGAUUGAAUGGUCGAUUGGUUAUCACACCGUUAACUGAUCGAAUCUAUUUAACACUGACACAGGCAUUAUCUUUAUGUCUUGGAGGCGCUCCAGCAGGUCCAGCUGGAACGGGGAAAACGGAAACAGUGAAAGAUUUAGCCAAAGCUUUGGGUUAUCUGUGCGUUGUUACAAAUUGUGGAGAAAAUAUGGACUACAAGUCGUUUGCAAGACUACUUUCAGGCUUAUGUCGUUCUGGUGCUUGGGGUUGUUUUGAUGAAUUCAACAGAAUUCAUGUAUCUGUUCUCUCAGUGGUUUCUAGUCAAAUUAAAUCAAUACAGAAUGCUUUAACAGGAAAAGUGUCAACAUUUCAAUUUGAAGGUGCAGAAGUUUUACUUAAUCGUCGUGUGGGUAUAUUCAUUACAAUGAAUCCUGGUUAUGCUGGUAGAACAGAAUUACCGGAAUCUUUGAAAGCUCUCUUUCGACCAGUUGUUGUAAUUGUACCCGACUUAGAAUAUAUCUGUGAAAUUAUGCUAUUUUCACAAGGAUUUUUAACAGCUAGAGAAUUAGCUAAAAAGAUGACAGCUAUGUAUCGUUUAGCUAAAGAACAAUUAUCUCAACAAUAUCAUUAUGAUUUUGGUUUAAGAGCGUUACGCUCUGUAUUACUUAUGGCUGGUGCAAUUAGACGAGAUUAUCCAACUGUCAAAGAAGAUCAUUUAUUAAUGCGUGCAUUACGUGAUUCAAAUAUACCAAAAUUAAUUAAAGAUGAUACACCAUUAUUUAUGGGACUUGUACAAGAUUUAUUCCCUGGUAUGGAGUUUGAAGCAGCUACUAUUCCACAAAAAUUGGCUGAAGCAUGUGAAAAAGUUUUAGAAUUACAUCGUUAUACUAUAGUUGAUGAACAGAUUAAUAAAAUCUCUCAACUACAGGAUACUUUAAAAGUUCGACAUUCUGUCAUGGUUGUCGGUCCAACUUCUGGUGGGAAAACAGUUGUAAUAAAUGUUUAUGGAAAAGCUUUAAAAGCACUUGGAAUAAAUACAAAACUCUAUACAAUCAAUCCUAAAGAUCGUAGUGUCAAUGAUUUGUAUGGUGUACUAGAGCCAACGUCACGUGAAUGGUUGGAUGGUUUACUGUCGCAUUUAUUCCGUGUUAUGAAUCAAGUAGCCAGUGAUGUCAAUGAACGUCGUAUGCUUGUCUUUGAUGGUGAUGUUGAUGCCUUAUGGAUAGAGAAUAUGAAUUCUGUGAUGGAUGAUAAUAAACUGUUAACACUAGUCAACGGUGAACGUAUACGACUGCAACCAAAUUGUUCAUUGAUAUUUGAAGUGAAAGAUUUACAGUAUGCAUCACCAGCAACUGUAUCACGUUGUGGUAUGGUAUACGUUGAUCCAAGUAAUUUAGGCUAUACACCAUAUUGGGAAAGUUGGCUGUUAGGUGUACCAUGUGAAAUGAAAGAAAAACUCAAUGGAUUAUUUAUAAAAUAUAUUCCCGCUUUAUUUGAUUUUGUAUUCGAUGGAAUUAUACCAACGCAAUUAACUCGACUGUUGGGUUUAAAUCCAGCAUUUACUGGUGCUGAUGGUGGAGGUGGUGGCACUGAUGGUGAAAAAAGUCAUGAACCAACAAAACUUGAAGAAAGUAAACAAAAUUUCAAUCCAAAAUCAAAACAAAAACUUGUUUUACCAUUAGUUAAAAUGAAUCUGAUUGUACAACUGUGUACUAUCCUACGAAGUCAAUUAGACGUGGGUUGUAUACCUGGAAAAGAAUUAGAUAUUUUAGAGAAACAAGAGGCAAAAACUUCAGUCGUAGUAAACGAAAUUAAGUUGAAUACCCCUGGAGGAACUGAUAAUGAGCAACCGCCUCCAUCACCAUAUUUAACAUCACCAUUGACACUGUCCGAGAGACAGAGUGUCGCUUCCUCAGAAGGCAUUACUCUAUCUAGUCCAGAAGUACUAGAAUGUGUUUUUCUGCAUGCCUUAGGUUGGGCAUUCACCAGUGUUGUAGAACAAACGUAUCAAAGAGCUGUAGAUGCAUUUAUUAAAACUUUAUCCGGUUUGCAGACAGCUGAUGAAGGACCUGAAAAUAAUGUGCUACCUUAUGGUACAAUACCUACACACCAUCCAAUGUUGACUGAUUAUUUAUUUGAUGUAAAUACUUUAAUGUGGAUACCAUGGAGUCAUCUUGUACCAGAAUAUAUACAUGAUGUAAAUGCUCGAUUUACUCAAAUUCUUGUACCAACUGUUGAAACUGUUAAACUUAACUGGAUUUUAAUGGAACAUUUAAAACUUCGUCAUCCAUUACUUGUAAUUGGUGAAACAGGUUCGUGUAAAACUGCUACAAUUGAGAGUACAUUGAAUUCAUUAGAUCGUGAUAAAUACAGUACACUGAUAGUGAAUUUUUCAUCACGUACAACUGGUUAUGAUGCAAUGCGUGUUAUUAAUUGUAAUGUAGAAAAACGUGCAAAAGGUGUAUAUGGUUCAAUUCCUGGAAAAAAAUUAGUUAUAUUUAUUGAUGAUAUGAAUAUGCCACAGAAAGAUGCAUACGGUACACAACAGCCUAUAGCACUACUUCGAAUGGUAAUCGGUAGAAAUGGAAUGUAUCAGACAGGCGGUGAUUUAUCAUGGAGACAGCUAAAAGAUAUGACCUAUGUAACUGCUAUUGGUCCACCAGGCGGAGGAAGAGAAACAACUGACCCGCGUUUUGUAUCUUUAUUUACAGUUUAUCAUGCAUUAGCUCCAUCAGCGUCUAGUUUGACUAGUAUAUUUGGAAAAGUGUUGAAAGGUCAUUUGCAGAAUAGAUUUUCUGCGGAGUUAACAAAUCAUUGUGAAAUUUUUACUCAAAUGAGUUUAGAUGUUUACCAAUCAGUUAAAAAUGGAUUACUACCAACACCUCUUCGAUUUCAUUAUACCUUCAAUAUGCGUGAAUUAUCACGCCUACUUCAAGGAUUAUUACAAUCAUCACCGGAACGUUUUAAAGGAUUACAAAAAUUUGUUCGUUUAUGGAGACAUGAAUGUUUACGUGUAUUUCGUGAUCGUAUGAUUGAUGAAAAUGAUGGUGAUGCAGUUAAUUCAAUUAUACAAAAUCAAAUAGAAGAACAUUUUGAUGAUGAUUUUGAUUAUAUCAUGAAUGAUCCUAUUCUCUUCGGGGAUUAUUGGGCAGCAGGGAAUGAUGAAGAUGAUUUACUUUAUGAAGAUAUGCAAGAUUAUGAAGUAUGCAGAGCAGUUGCUGAAGAGUUGAUGAGUGAAUAUCAGGAAUCAGAGGGUAAUUUAGGCGUUGUCCUAUUUCAUGAUGCAUUGGAACACUUGACUGCAGUACAUCGGAUCUUACGUUUAGAUGGUGGACAUGCCCUAUUAAUUGGUAUAUCAGGUUCAGGUAAAAAGUGUCUAGCUAGACUAGCUGCAUACAUUGCUAAAAUUAAAUCAUUUGAAAUUAUCUUAAGACGUGGUUAUCAUGAAGGCGAAUUUCGUGAAGAUUUGAAAAAGUUGUAUACAGCUAUGUCAACAACUAAAGAGGAUUACAUGUUUCUUGUUUCGGAAGAACAUAUUCGUGAAGAAGCAUUUUUGGAAUUGAUUAACACAAUGCUGACUACAGGAUUUAUAAAUGCAUUAUUCUCUGACGACGAAAAAGAUACUAUUCAACAAACAAUUUGGGCAGAAACUGAAGCUAAAAUACGUUCAGAUGCUCUAGCAUCUGGUACAAAUAUCACUGUGACAAAAGAAGUUGUCUGGAGAUAUUUUCGUGCAGAUUGUGCUGCACGUCUACACAUUGUCCUAUGCAUGAAUCCAGAGGGUGAUACUUUAAGAAAACGAUGUCGAAGUUUUCCUGGUAUGGUGAAAUGUACAACAAUUGAUUGGUAUUUUCCAUGGCCAAAACAAGCACUUUAUGCUGUAGCUUGUUCAUUAAUUGAUCCAAAGUGUCCGCUAAUUCCAUCAAUGUAUUGGGAAGCUGUUAUAACAAAUGUAGUCAAUGUACAUACAAGUGUACAACAUGCUUCAAUAGAAUUUCAACGCCAGUUAAAACGAGUAAAUUAUGCAACAGCAACAAACUAUAUUCUAUUUAUUAAUGGAUUUUUAAAACUAUUAGAUACAAAAAUAAAAGAGAAUAUAGCCCAACAGAAGAGAUUACAUAUUGGUUUAGAAAAAUUACACGAAACUGGUAUACAAAUAGAACAUUUAAAUGCUAAACUUGCUGUACAAAAAGUUAUUCUGGAAGAGAAAACACUCUCAUGUGAAGCACUUAUGGUAGAGAUUAACGAGUCAACUAUAAUUGCUACAGAAAAAAAGAAACAAGCUGAAGAAAAAUCUGUUGAAUUGGCUGAACAAGCACAAAUAAUUAAUGUUGAAAAGGCUGAAGCUGAAGAAGUCUUAGCUGAAGCUCUACCAGCAGUUGAAGCAGCUCGUGCUGCCCUCGAUGAACUGGAAAAAAAUGAUGUUACCGAAAUUCGAGCAUUUGCUACACCACCCAAACCUGUACAAUUUGUUGGUGAAGCACUUUGUCAUGUUUUACAAUCUGGUGAAAUUAGUUGGAAAGCUGCACGAGGUUUAAUGGCUGAUGCUAAUUUCAUUGGUACAUUACAACAAAUGGAUGUUGAACAGAUACCAGUGAAAAAUAUAACUGCUAUAAAAGAUUUAAUUGUUAAACGAAAAUUCACCUAUGAAGAUGUCAAGUCAGCUAGUAAAGCUGGUGGAGGAUUUUAUAAAUUCAUUUUAGCUGUUAUCACAUUUCAUGAUGCUUGUAGAGAGAUUCGUCCAAAAAGAGAACGUGUCAAAGCCUUGGAACGUGAAUUUAAUAAGGCUAAAAAAGAUUUACAAAAAUUACAAGAUGAAGUAACUAACUUGGAGAAUAUGUUAAUAUCGUUAAGGCGUCAAUUCGACUCAGCACAAACAGAAAUGGAGAAUUUAACAAAUACAAUGAAUAUUAUGAAGCGUCAAUUGUUAGCUGCACAGAAAUUAACAGAUGGUUUGGGGUCUGAGAAAGAACGUUGGAUUAAUGAAGUAGCAAAUUUGGAAAGUGAACAAAAAUCUCUUCUGGGAAACAGUAUGCUGGCAUCAGCCUUCUUAUGCUAUUUAGGUCCAUUUACAUCAGAAUUUCGUCAACGUUUAAUCUAUAAAGAUUGGCUAGUAUCUUUAAUUCAAGAUGGAAUACCUACAACAGACGGUAUCAAAGUUGAACAUAUCUUAGCUACAGAAGUUGAAAUCUCUUUAUGGAAUUCACAAAGUCUGCCAACAGAUGAAUUAAGUACACAAAAUGCAAUUCUGACUACAAAAGGACCUACUUCACCAGUUUGUAUUGAUCCACAAGGUCAAGCAGCAAGAUGGAUUAAAAAAAUGGAACGUAAUACUAAAGAUGAAGCUCGUUCAUUACGAGUAACAACUCAGAAUGAUCCAAAUUUCUUGAGAAAUGUUGAAAAUGCUAUAAAAUUUGGUGUAGCCUGUUUAAUUGAAGGUGUUGAAGAAUACAUUGAUCCUGCACUGAAUAAUGUUUUAUGUCGUAAUAUAAGAAAUAAUAAAGGUCAAGAUAUUGUAAUGCUUGGUGAUCGUGAAGUUGAAUAUGAUCCCGGGUUUCGUUUAUACCUCAUGACAAAACUACCAAAUCCACAAUUUCAAGCAAAUCUAUUUAGUCGAGCAUUAGUUAUCAAUUAUACAGUAACAAUGAGUGGAUUAGAAGGACAACUAUUAAGUACCCUGGUGAAACAUGAACAUCGUGAAUUAGAAGAGAGGCGAGAAAUGUUAAUAAUGGAGACAAGUGAGAAUAAACGUAUUCUAAAGGAGUUAGAAGAUCGUCUAUUGCUAGAAUUAGCUACACAAACUGGUAAUAUAUUAGAUAAUUGGGAUUUAAUUGGUACUUUGGAGGAUACAAAAAAUAAAGCUGUUGAUGUUAGUAAACAAUUAGCUCAAUCUGCAGUUAUAUCUAAAGAUGUAGAACGUCAAAGAGAUCUGUUUCGUCCAGCUGCAAGAAGAGGCGCCGUAUUAUUCUUUAUCUUAUCUGAUUUAUCAUUGGUUGGUCCAAUGUAUCAAUUUUCAUUGUCAGCUUAUUUAACUGUAUUUGUAAAAGCAUUGAAAAAAGCAAUGCCAAAUAGUUCAUUGCCUAAACGUUUAGCUAAUAUUAAAAAUGCUUUAACUUAUGCAACAUACUGUUAUGGAUGUAUGGGUAUAUUUGAAGAGCAUAAAUUAUUAUUAUCCUUUGAGUUGGCUAUUCGUUUACAACAAGAUGAGAAGUUAAUACGACCUAAGGAAUUAUCAUUUCUUAUACGUGGUAAUGUAUCACUGGCAGAAACAGUUUAUACACCACCAUUUCAAUGGAUACCAGAAAGUGUUUGGAGGGAUUUAGUCUAUUUAACUGCAUUUAUACCUAAACGUUUUGGUAAACUGACCAAAGAUAUACGUAAUUUGGGCAAUGUUUGGCAAAAGUGGUAUGAAGCCAACAAUCCAGAAUCAUUAACAUUCCCUGGUCGUUAUGCUAAUAUAAGUCCAUUCUUAAAACUUUGCCUUAUUCGAUGUUGGCGUAUGGAUCGUAUCCCAUCAGCUGUAACAAAUUAUGUUGUCCAGGUAAUCGGGAAACAGUAUAUUACACCACCAAUCACUAAUUUAGCUGAUGUGUUAGCUUCAACUUCACCAACUAUACCAGUUGUUUUAAUAGUUCAGCCUGGAUCGGAUCCACAAAGUCAAUUGUCACAGCUGGCACAUUCAUUAGAAUUCAGUGCAUCUCGUAUUAAAUAUCUUUCAAUGGGUCAAGGACAAGAGCCGCAUGCUCAAAGUCUUUUUGUACAAUGUGCAGCACGUGGAAAUUGGUUAUUAUUACAAAAUUGUCAUUUAUUAGUAGGAUUUAUACCAACAUUAGAAAAAAUGAUUGAUGAUUUAACGAAACCACAUCCAGAUUUUCGUGUAUGGCUUACAACUGAAAUGGUUUACGAUUUUCCAAUUGGAAUAUUACAAAGAUCAUUUAAAGUUGUUAUGCAACCACCGAGUGGAUUAAAACAAAACUUGGCAUCAGGUUUGGGUAAAUUGUCGCAUGAAGAAUAUGUCAAUUGUCCACAUCCAAAUUAUCGUGCAUGUUUAUAUACUUUGGUAUUUUUACACUCUAUUUUACAAGAAAGACGUCGAUAUGGAAAAUUGGGUUGGAAUGUCAGUUAUGAUUUUUCUGAUGCUGAUUUUCUUGUUUCACUAAGAAUUUUACAAAUUUCUUUAACAAAAUCAUUUGAAACAAAAACAGACAUUUCAUGGGAUACAAUAAAAUAUUUAAUUGGAGAAGUAAUGUAUGGUGGUAGGACAAUUGACAACUUUGAUCGACGUGUAUUAACCACAUAUAUGGAUGAAUAUUUUGGUGAUUUUCUGUUUGAUGAUUUUCAACCAUUCCGAUUUUAUAAAAGCAGUAAAUUAGAAUAUUUCAUACCAGAGGAACCAUCAGAUUCAGCAAAUUAUAAAGAAUUAUAUUUAGAAUAUGUUUCGCACUUACCUUCAAGUCAAAAACCAGAAGUAUUAGGUUUACAUUCAAAUGCAUCAAUCGGUUAUUCAGCUCAAUACGCUAGAAGUUUAUGGUUUAACUUACUUUUGCUAAUACCUGAAACUGAAAAUGUCGGUGGUGUGCCUUCUGUUAAGCGUCUGAAUGCAGCGGCUACAUUAGCAGGUUCAGAAAGUGAAGCUGAAUAUCGUGAAUCUAUUAGAUCUGGUGCAACCGUUUCACAUGCUUCAGCUAACUUGAAUCUUGAAGGCAGUGAACAUAUGGAUGCGAAUUCAGGUGGAGCAACUGAAAAUCCUCCUGAUCAAGCCGUAGAAAAUGAAACAGUUGAAGGAGCUGCUAUUGCAUCAGCAGCAUCUUCAAGCAGUCGAAGCGAUGAGGAUGAUGACGAUGAUGAUGAUGAAAUUGAAGAGAUUUCAUUUAAUGAACUCCAACAGGCUGUUAAUCGACGCAAUGCUUCAAUUACCGCCUCAACUAUACACUCUUCAAUAACCAUGUUUACAGAGGCUUCAACAUCAGCAGUACCAAUUACCUCUGGUCGUGAUAUUAUGAUAAGUCGUAUGGCAGAUAGUAUACUAAAUCGUUUGCCUAAUUUAUUUGAUGUUGAUGCCCUGAAACGGAAGUAUAUGGGAACUGAAAUUUCACCGACAAUAAUAGUACUUAUCCAGGAAUUAGAAAGAUUUAAUUUAAUUCUUGAAAAAAUUAAUACAUCACUUAGUGAAUUGAAAAAUGCGCUAAGCGGUAAAGUUGGCAUGUCACAAGAGCUAGAUGAUAUUGCACGUUGUCUGGCUAACGGUAUUCUACCGGACAGUUGGAGACGUCUUGUUCCACAAACAGAAAAAUCUCUACCAAAUUGGUUACAACAUUUAAUGCGAAGAUCAGAUCAGUAUAAAAAAUGGAUAAAUACCGGUAAAAGUGAACCAGCUGUGAUGUGGUUAUCCGGUCUACACUUACCUCAAUCCUAUAUAACUGCUUUAAUACAAAAAGCCUGUCGAAAAUAUGGUUGGGCUUUAGAUAAAUGUGCUAUACAAACAACAGUGACUGAUGUUGUCCCAGAAGAGGUUCACACAAUACUAAUGGCACCUGAAAUUGGAUGUUAUGUUCACGGACUAUAUAUUGAAGGUUCAGCAUGGGAUGUAAAGAAAAUGUGUCUAACACGACAGAAACCACGUGAAUUAUUACAAGAAAUGCCCAUCAUCAAAUUGACACCAGUUGAAAAGCAUCGAUUAAAAUUAACUAACACUGUACAAGUACCAGUCUAUGUGACAAGUCAACGACGCAAUGCAAUGGGUGAAGGAUUUGUUAUUGCAUUAGAUAUUCCAGUGACAGAGCAUUCAUCAUUUUGGAUAUUACAAGGAGUUGCAGUACUUUUGAAUACAGAUUAG